AUGGAUCCAUAUCCCAACAUCACGGUCCGUGGCUCCGUUACAGUGUCCCCAGCGCCUGUGGAGAGCAUGGUCUACAAGGAUGGACACAACGAGACCACGUGCUUUGCAGAACACAUCCCUGAAAUCGUCACCGGUGCCAUCACGCUGCUCAUCUGCCUCUGUGGGCUGGUGGGGAACGGGACCAUCCUCUGGCUCCUCGGCUUCCGCAUCAAGAGGAACCCUUUCACCGCUUAUCUCUUGAACCUGGCCGUGGCCGACGCUUGCCUUCUGCUCUGCACGGCGGCUUUCCUGGUGAUAUACCACAUGCCCAUGCUCAGCUGCUUCCAGCCUGCGCUCCUGCGGGUGCUGCCGCUCUUCCACUCCAUGGUUCUGCUCACCUACAGCACCAGCCUCUAUCUCCUCACGGCCAUCAGCGUGGAGAGGUGUGUGGGUGUCCUCUGGCCCUUCUGGUGCCGCUGCCACCGCCCGAAGCUCCUCUCAGCCAUCACGUGUAGCCUGCUGUGGGCCCUGGCCGGUGUCCUCGCUGGGCUGGUGUACUUUGUGUGUGACCUGGGUCACUCCGAACACUGCUGGAUGGUCCUUGGAACCUUGUGUUUCCUCAAUUUCUGCUUCUUCACUCCCUUUAUGGUUCUUUCCAAUGUGAUCGUGUUCAUCAAGCUCCGACGUAGCUCUUGGCAACACCACGCAGCGAGGCUCUACACCGUCAUCUUCUUCACCGUUCUCUUCUUCCUCCUCUUUGGCAUCCCUCUCAGUGUUCAGAUCUUCCUCAACUUCUUUGUCUACACGAAUUUUGUCUUUGAGAUCUGCCUCUUGCUGGCCUCUGUCAACAGCAGCAUCAAUCCAGUGAUUUACGUCCUGGUUGGGAGCUACGGCAAGUCUGAGUCCAGGGGAUCCGUCAGAGUGGCUCUUCAGAGGGUCUUUGAAGACAGGCCAGAUUUCCAAGAGGCGGGUGAGACCCCUGUGAUGGGCAUUGCUGCCUAA